AAGUAAAAAUAAAAGAAGAAGGGGGUUAGAUUUGCAAACUGACAAUACUGAAAGCGAUAGUUUCAAUAAAGAAGAUAUAAUUUCAAAAUUUGCAGCAGUUUCGAGGAUGACCAAGUCCAGCCAUAAAGACAAGCAAAAAAGAAAGAACCAUUACAAAGAAGGAAAUGAGUUAUUCAGAUCCAACCAUUGUACACAAGUAGGAGCUUAAUUUAGUUCAGCUAAAAUUUGCUGAAAAGAAAAUGGCUAAUUUUCUUAUGCUCAAAAAUCGUCUGGCUCUUUUGGUGCUGUUAGUUACUUACUAUUGUUACUUGGGAAAUUUGACGGUAUGUGCUCAACAGUUCAGACCUGGAUUUGUAUACACCAGAAACAGAGGGAGAUGCACUCCUCAGUAUUGGAGCAGCAGGAGAGAGUCAUGGCCGAAGAUGGUGCCGGAAAUGUCAACAGUAUCAAAAGUAUUCGGUUCAAGGGCAUACGAGCGAUACAGGUACGAUCUUACACUCCUAGAAGCUGCGGGAAGAAACGAUGAUAGGGACAAUAUAUUUGCAAGAUUAGUGAAGCAAUCAACUGCAGCAUUGUUGAAUUCAUAUGCUAGAAAGAAUUAUCCGUAUAGUGCUUGGGAAGUAAAGACUAUGCUCAUUCAAGCUUUGGUUUCUGAAAAAUCUGCUGCUGUUUUAGCUCAACGUUUAUCUGAAGCUAAUGAAGCCUGCAAUUAAUAGAGUAGCUUCUUUUUUAUUGUUUUUAAGUGACUAUUAAUGUGGUUAAUCUUUUGUUAGCUUUUGUUUUUGGUGUGAGCUGUGAAGCUUUCACUGUUCAUGCUAAAUGUUAUUACUGCUUAUAGUACUGAUUAUAAACCUAACUAAAGGAGAUAGGAUUAAGAAAUCCUUUCAUUUAAUAGUGAUUGAGUGAAUA